AUGGCCUCGGUCACUGUCGAUGCUCCAGUCGAAGCUGGCCCCAGCACCACUAAGACGCCAGCUCAGCUGAUGCAAGAAAAACACGAGGCUGCAGAAACUCACCAUGUGACUGUCGAAGAUGUCCCUGACGAGGACGACGUUCAACAUCCGCCUCCACCACAUGUGCAUGUUGAAACAAAAGCUCAAGCUGAUGUUCCAACUACAAAUGGUGUAGACAAGGGGAAGCAGAAGGCUGCUGAAGAGACUCCGCUGAAACCCACCGUCAUCGAUACUCAGUCUGAGGAGGCGUUUCCCGCCCUGGGUUCUGCUUCCAAGACGACCGCUCCUCCACCCCGAAUUUGGGUCGCUAAUGCUUCCACGAAGGCCCCUACUGUCAAUGGCUCUCCUGCACUUCUCUCUCGACCUCCUUCUUCAGGCGGUCCUACCCCCACGCGAACCCCGGGCGUCAUAACCCCGUCGAAUGCUGCCACCGCCGGCCGAGGUGGAGUGCUGAUGCCGGGACGGUACCGAGAUGCGUUUGAGAUAGACAAUGCAGACCUGAACAAGACGAAAUCCGUGAAGAAAGUGCUUGAUGAUGUCAAUAGAAAAUACAAUGUUAUGGUCACUACCAGGCAGACCAAUUUCGCCACAAGAACCGAGUUCACAGCCGAGGGUCCGAAUCAACGCACAGUCACUGAGGCUCUGAUGCAUGUCUCCAAGGAAUUGACAUUGGAGAAGCAAGUCAAGCUUGAGAUUCCCUCAUCCGUUUCGGCUCAGAUCAUCGGCAAAGCAGGAGCCAACAUCAGGAAACUAGAGCAGCAGUUCAGCGUCCGGAUUCACAUUGACCGAGACACAAGACCGACCACAAACCCCGAAGAUAUCAAGACGGAUGUUGUGGAGAUUCGGGGCAAUGCUGCGCAAGUCCGCCAGGUCUACGAACACAUCAUGAAGCAGGUCAAAGCUCUCCAGCCAAAAGUGGACUUGCCUAUUCGCGGGGUUCCACCAGAGUUCUACCCUUUCAUUGCUGGUCAGCAUGCUGCUCGUUUACGGCAAAUGGAGCAAGACCGUGGCCUCCAAAUAAACGUCCCUCAGUAUACUACAUGGAAACAACAGCCACCGUCUCGCCCUGCUGUGUCGGGUCAAGCUCCUGCUUUCGUACCUCAUGGAGACAGCCCCAUCAUUGUCUCUGGUGAACAAGCUGCUGUGCUAGAGGCACGUGCCCUUAUUGAACAACUGGCUGAGGAGCUCCAGAAGGAGCUUCUGCUUGAGGAACUUGCCGCCGAGCAGAUUCUUCACCCUUACAUUGUUGGAGACCGUGGUAUGGACCCUCUCAAGUUCUUAGAAGAGACGGGCUGUGCAGUUAUCCUCCCUCCACCUGAACAUGAAACCGAAGACAUCCACAUCAUUGGGCCUAAGGACAAGCUGGAUGCGGGCCGCAAUCUAGCUGAAGAGCUCAUGUCCAGAAAGCACAAUCGUGCUGUCGAUAUGCACAAACAUUUUAAUGAUGCACCUCAUGGCCCAGAACGUCACUCCAGAGCCCUAGCUCAGUAUCUGCAAGAGAAGGCUAUCGAGAGGGAGUUCCAGAAGUCCCACGGGGCUGAGAUUGUCUUUCCUCGCAGCUCUAACGCCUCUCCCAGCUGGACGGUCAUUAGUAAUGAUCCCCAGAAAGCACUUUCUGCUCGAAAUGAACUCUCCAAAAUCACUCAAGCUUAUCCAACUCCACGGAUACAGUUGGUUGAAGUGGACCCAUUCUUCCAUCCUCACCUCAGGCAGUUGCAUUCAGAUGAUCUGAGAGAGAAUCAUGGAGUCCAUCUAAUUGUUCCCGAGGAUGGGUCUGACCCAGUCGUGCUCGUAUACGAAGGUCCAGCGCAAGAUGGGCCUUUCUCGAUUCCCCGCAGUAAGCCAUCAAAAGCCGAUAUCUCGACCUUUGAAAAAGCUCUUCAAGAAGCACAAGCAAUGUUGCUCAGCAGUCUCCCUAGCGGAGGAAUAUCCACGCAAGAUAUUCAUGUGCCCAAGAAGUUUCAGGACAAGGUCAGAAGAUUCGUCAAUAACGAACCAAAACCAUCCGCUCCAAAUGCCUUCCCCGUUCAGGUUGACUUUGGCCGAGCCAGAGCUGGUCAAAGGCAACAGGCAACUGCGUCUCGAGGCUCACCUGAACGUGUUUUCCUGAGAGGUCCGAGCGACGCAGACAUCUCGGAGCUGCGCCAGAAGAUUGAGGAGUUCCUGAGAGAAGCCGAAGAGGACGAGAAGGAACGUGGCUACACGACAUCGUUCCCUUUCCCUGCCCAGUUCAACAAGAAUUUGAUUGGAAAACAGGGCGCGAAUAUCAAGGCGUUGCGUGAGAAGCAUGACGUCGAAAUCGAUACCCGGGAGAACGGAAAGGUCACCAUCCAAGGCCCACAGAAAAAAGCCGAGGCAUGCAAGGCUGAAAUUCUCCGCCUGGCCAAGCAAUGGGAAGACGAGGUCAACUUCACCAUCAAAAUUGAUCCAAAGUACCAUGGUUUGCUUGUCGGCAGGAAUGGCGAAAACUUGCAGAGAAUUCAGAGCAAAGUUGAUAACGCUGUGAGGAUUGACUUUCCCAAGCAGUCAAGAAUCAGCGACGACGCCUCGGUGGCCGACGAUUCCAGUCAAGUCGGGGGUACCAAAAGCCAGUCUCUCGAUGAGAUCAAGAUUCGCGGUCCUCGUGCAAAGGCUGAGAAGGUGCGAGAUGAACUGCUAAGUCUCCACCAGUACAUGGUCGACAAUUCGCACACUGCAUCAGUCUCUGUCGCGCAAGCUCAGGUUGCAUCUCUUAUUGGCAGAGGAGGCAUGGAAAUGGAAAGGCUUCGAGCUGAGACUGGUGCUCACAUUGACGUUCCCAAAGCUGCCAGCUCCAGCUCCAGCUCUGAUCGUGUAACCAUCCAGAUCAAAGGUUCCAAACAACAAGUUGAGAAAGCUAGGCAGGAGCUACAAAAGCGAGCCAAGGCCUUUGAUGACAUUGUGACACGUACCAUAAACGUGGAUAGAAAGCACCAUAGCGCCUUGAUUGGUGCUGGAGGUUCCAAUAUCCAAGACCUUGUCGCCAAGUCGGGCAGCAAGCAACGCAGCUCGGAGCACGUCCGUUUCCCGCGUAAAGGUGAUGAUUCAAGCGAACUCACCGUCACUGGUACUGCCGAUGUCGUUGACAAGAUCGUAGCUAAUAUCGAAGAGUUUGUGAAUGAAAGGGACAACCAGGUUACAGAAACAUUAGAUGUGCCAGUCACCCAACACCGGGAUUUGAUUGGACCUAAUGGUAGCAUUCGCAAGCAGAUCGAAGAACAGUUCAAGGUGACCCUCAACGUGCCCCGGCAAGGCACUGGACAAACUGGCGUGAAAAUCACUGGGCGAUCGGAGAACGUGGCAGACGCGAAGGAGUACAUUCAAAAGAAGACUGCGAAAGCCCCAGCGGAGACGAUCAUGGUUCCUCGAACUCUGCAUCACAUUGUCUCGAAGAAUGGGGACUUAUUCCGCGAGCUAAGCAGGGAUGGGGUUCGGGUCGAGCAUAAUGGCCACAAGCCGCCGCCAAAGCCUAGCCGUGGGUCUCGCGCGCGGACAACCAAUGGUGACAUGCCUCUAAUCACUGAUCAGCCUGGCGAGGCCUCUCCUAUCUUUGAUCUUGUUUCUAACCAGACUGGUCUGGACGGAGACGACGGAGAGAUCCCAUGGGUUCUUGUCAGCCAGAAACCUGAUGGGCAGGACGCCGUGGAAAAGGCAAAGAAAAAGAUCCAGUCAUCACUUGACAAAGCCAAAGAGCCUCAGUUCACUGGCUAUCUGAUCUUACCCGAUCCACGUCUGCAUCGUCACAUCAUCGGGCGCGGUGGCUCUACCAUCAACUCGAUCCGAAACCAGUCCGGCUGUGACAUUCAGGUGCCCAAGCAUAACGCAGGCAAUGGUGACGAAGGAGAAGCCAUCACCAUUGUUGGCAAGGAAGAUGGCGUGAUAUCAGCUCGUGAUCUCAUCCUCAAGGAGAUCGAGCGAGCCCAGGCUGGUCGAGCGUAA